CUCCCCGAAGUUGCCGACACACCCUCUUGAGGAGAAGAAAUGGUAAAGCUUGAUUUUUUUUCCUUCUUUCUUGUUCAAGAACAAGCUUAGAACCUAGAACCCCCCCUAAAGCCAAGAAAAUUUCAGAUCUUGCAACCUUUCUUCUCCCCUGCUGCCGGUUUCAACUUGGUGAGGGUGGGGAUUUUUCAGUUUUUGGUAAAGGAACCACCAUGAAAUCAUCUCUUUAGCUUUGAUUUGCCUUGGGUUUACUCUAAUUUGUGCUUUUGGUUCUCCAAUUUUGAGGUAGAUCCGUGAGUUUCCCCUGCACUUCCACCGGCCUUCCCCCAACCCGCCAGCUCCGGCCUUGCUUACUAAAUUUCGGAAGCGAAAUCAAGGACGGGGAAAAACAAGGGGAGUGACAAGUUAGAAGGCUAGCCAUCUUGUAAAUUGAAUAUGGAUUUUAGAUAUAAAUCAUGAUCUUGUAAGCUAAACUUUAUUUGGAGAUUUUAUGAUAUCAGGGCAAAUUUUAAAAUUUUAUCUUCAGAUUUUGUGAUAUCAGAUUGUGCCCGCGUGUUCUGCUCUUCCCGACCCUCCUUGCUGCAGCCCGAAAGAAGAAAAAAAAGGGGAACCCAGCCAUGCUUGAGAAACCGGUAGAGAGCUUGAUUUUUCCCUUCUUUUCUUGCUCUAGAACUGAAAAUGGAACCCAGAAAUUCUCCCUCCCUGCUGGAAAAUCCGGAUCUGCUGCUGCUUCCUCCUCCUCACCGCCGGCUGCUCCUGCUUUGUGGGGGUGAAUUGCUCGGUUUUUUGAGUUUUCCUUCCAUGCCGCCGGCUCUUCCCCAAAUUGCAGCUCCGGCCUUGCUUGUUGGAUUCUGGUAUGUGGCAGCCUUAAACCAUUGUUUUAAGCUUGAUUAAGGUAGAAUUAGCUUGAUUAGUUUGCUGCCUUGUGAUGUCCGAAUUUGGCUAAAAAUGGGGGAUAAUUCCGGUAGCUUUAGGAUGAAAUUUGAGCAUUGAUUCAAGUGGAAUUUAUGUGAUUGAGUGUUAAUUGAUUGCUGUGAUUUUUGGAGAGAAAAUCCCGUGAGAAUAGGCUAUGGUUUUGGCCAUUUUGGAAGUGCAGUUACUGUUCACGUCGGGGUACUGUUCAGGGAACUGUUCAUCGACACUGUUCACACACCGAGGGCCAAUAAUUAACGGGGAUUUAAAUGAUUAGUUUGUGAUAUAAGAACGAAUUUGGAGAUAUUUGAUUAUGUGGAGAUUGAUAGAAAUAGUAUUGUGAUUAAGAGUGAUCGUAACGACGAUUUCAGUUGAAAUUGUGAUAGUACGGUAUUGAUUCUCAGAAUAUUUUGAUUAAGUUCUCGAUUGUUCUGUCAGUUAGUACGUGAAUUGAGUGCUUGGUUUUAUGCGAGUGAGGUAAGUAAAUUUAUGGUAAUGCCCGUACUAUUUUUAAAAGCAUGUUUUGAUUUGUUUUUGAAGUGGUGGCGGGACUAAACUCGUUUUACACGAGCAUGACUGAUUUGAAGUGAAAUGUUUAUGCUUUUCAUUAAAUUGAGCAUGCCUACUUGAAAGUUUAAUUGAUUGUCCUGAUGAUUUGAAAGUGAUUGGUGAAUUAUGAUUGUUCUGUUAACUUUUGCCUGUUUUGUCUCCGAUGUGGUCAUGUUAUUCGUGACUCCGCUAGUGGGGGAGGUUAUAAACGCUAGCACAUGUCGACAUGUAGUGAUAGAGCCGGUUCGUUCAACCCAGCUAGUGGGGGUUAUACACCAGCAAAUAGUGACCCUGCUAGUGGGGGUUAUACACCAGCAAAUAGUGGCCCUGCUAGUGGGGAUUAUACAGUGGCCGUGACCUAUAGAGGAGACGUCUAUUUCGUUCCUGUACUGUAUCCGUUUUUCGUGAUUGUACUUGUUGGCAU